UUAAAAGUUAAAACUUUUUUAACCUAAUAACCACUCGCGCUUAAACUACACACGAUUCAGGGCUUAUUCCAACCCAAAACCCCUAAUUACACCACCACUCAAAACUUAUACGGCGGCGGUUCGAAUCUCCGCCGUCGCCACCUCCUCCGGCACCGCCUUCGCCACCUCCUCCGGCACCGCCUUCAUUGGCCCAUGAGAUUCAAGCCACUUCAAUCUGCAUCUCUAUUCACCAAGUUCCAACUGAACCUCAAAUCGGAGCCAUCGUUUUCCCCUUUCAACACGUUCAUCAUGGCUUCCCAAAUUCAAACCCUCUCCUCACAAACUCCAGCCACUAACGCCGAUAACGACGGCGACGACACUCUCUGCUCUUCUGUAAUUACCAAUUUGCCCUCCGAGCCAGAAGCCGCCGCUACUUUGGGCCGUCCGAUUGGGUACUUGACCGGAGAGGCCCACAUCGAGAGGGCAUGGGCACACUGGAACAGUUUGGGCCGCCCUAAACUCAUCGUCGCUCCGAUGGUGGACAACUCCGAGCUUCCUUUCCGGAUGCUCUGCCGGAAGUACGGCGCGCAAGCCGCUUACACGCCGAUGCUGCAUUCCAGAAUUUUCGGCGAAAGCGAAAAAUACCGUUCCGAGGAAUUCACCACCUGUAAGGAAGAUAGGCCGUUGUUUGUGCAAUUCUGUGCAAAUGAUCCAGAUAUUUUGCUGGAGUCGGCACGAAAGGUUGAGCCUUACUGUGACUACGUCGACAUUAAUUUCGGGUGUCCACAGCGAAUAGCAAGACGAGGAAAUUAUGGAGCUUUCCUAAUGGACAAACUCCCCCUCGUAAAAUCCCUCGUCGAAAAACUAUCCCAAAACCUAACAGUCCCCGUUUCUUGCAAAAUCCGAAUCUUCCCAGAUCUACAUGACACAAUAAACUACGCCAAAAUGCUCGAGGAAGCAGGGUGCUCUCUCCUAGCCGUGCACGGAAGAACUCGAGACGAAAAGGACGGGAAAAAAAUCCGCGCCAACUGGCAAAUAAUCAAGGCCGUGAGAGAAGCUGUCAGAAUCCCCGUUAUUGCCAACGGCAACAUAAGGUACGUAGAAGACGCGUGGCAGUGCUUGGAGGAGACAGGUACAGAAGGCGUCCUCUCUGCAGAGGCACUGCUCGAAAAUCCAGCUCUCUUUGCCGGAUAUAGAACUCCAGAGUGGGCCCCGCCUGGGGUGUGUAGGGAGGGGGAUUUGGACCAGGCUGAGCUGGCGGUGGAGUAUUUGAGGAUGUGCGAGAAGUAUCCGGUGCCUUGGAGAAUGGUUCGUUCGCACGUGCAUAAGCUGCUGGGAGAGUGGUUUAGGGUUCAUCCGAGCGUGAGGGAGGAUUUUAAUUCGCAGUAUAAGCUUACGUUUGAGUUUCUUUAUGGCUUGGUUGAUAGGCUUAGAGAGCUCGGUGUGAAGAUUCCUCUUCAUGUCAAGGAUAAUGAUUCGAUCGAGAUGUCUGCGAAUGGAAACUCGGCUUGAUUUGUAGCUUAUUUUUUUUGUGGUUAAAUUUAGUGAUGUUGUGUGAGAGUUUAAGUUCUAACAUAUUUAUUGAAGUCCCAUGAUUUUAUUAUUAAUUUUUUUUUAGGUAUUGUUUACUGUGUAGACUAUACCCCAAAGAUUUUUGUACUAGUAUGAUGAUCUUUAUAAAGUUGGGCUGUAUAACAAGGCUCAUCUUGGUCAAAUGUUUAUUUUAGAUCUUGGUUUA